AUGGAGACCGCCAGCCCAAAAUCGCAUCACGAAGUCGACAUGGACACUCUAUGGCAACGGAUGUGCAACCUACCAUCGGAGCUGUUCAUCAUGAUCGCCGAACAUGUCCUGGCGCUUGAGAUCAGAGCACCCGUCCAGAUCAUGGAAGAGUGCCAGCCGCCAGUUUGGCUCCAGAUCUCCGAUGGUGAACGCACGGCUGCUGCCAAGACGUACUAUUAG